AUGGCGGCUUACACCAUCGCCAAUCUCCCGUACGGCGUUAUCACCACCAAGGACCACUCCUGCAAGAGAUGUGCGGUCGCUUUCGAGGACUUUGCAAUCGAUAUUGCUCAACUCCAUCAGGACGGCUUUUUCAAAAAUAUCCCCGACUUGUCAAGUGACAUUUUCGCUGCGGGAAACUGGAAUGCAUUCGCGAGUCUUCCACCAGACGUCCGCAGGGCUUUCCGAACCAGAUUGAGAUCCGGCAUAGAGACUGGUGAUGUGCGCAGGGCAUUUUUACCCUUUUCAGAGGUUAAAAAUCAUUUGCCUAUGCGUACCGAGAACUUUUCCGACUUCUACUGCUCGCUCGAGCAUCACAAAAAUUGCUCGGAGAUCUUCAACCUCCCAAUCAAGCCUAGUUGGUAUGUUAUCCCUUCUGUUUACAAUGGUCGGACCUCGAGCUUGGUUGUAUCUGGCACAGACUUCCACCGGCCAUACGGCGUGUAUGCGGGCUUCGGAAAAUAUGAAGGCGCCACCCUCGCCCCUGAAUCCCAUAUGGACUUCGAGGUGGAAAUGGGCGUCUGGCUCUCAAAACCUGUGCCCCGGAACCAAAGACUCAACAUUGACGGCGCAAAAGAUCACAUCUUCGGCCUGACGCUCUUGAACGACUGGUCGGCGAGACAGAUCCAAGGGUAUGAAAUGGCGCCGCUCGGCCCUUUCCACUCAAAGGGUACUGCAACUACUGUAAGCUCUUGGAUUGUACCCAUUGAAGCCCUUGAGGCUUCUAGCUGUGCUACCAAAACGAAGCAAGAGCCAGCGCCUCCUCCGCAUCUAACCUGGCCUGAGGACAACACAGCGACCUUUGAUAUCGACAUUACUCUGCAGCUUCUGAGAGACGGGAAAUCUUAUAUGAUCUGCGAGACCAAUCUCAACGAGCUGCACUGGACCCCAUUCCAACAGAUCACGCAUCUCGCCUCAGCCGGUGAGAGCGUCUUGGUGGGGGAUGUCUUUGGUACCGGAACCAUUUCUAGCCCACGAAGGAACGGCAACGGUGAGAAGACGGGGAUCGGUUGUCUCAUGGAACGUAGUCUGCCAAGUGCACGGCUCAGCUCGCUCCCCUCUGAUCUUAUUGACACAUUCCUGAAAGAUGGAGACGAGAUCCUAAUGCAAGCAUGGGCAAGGGAUAAGCACACUGGGGAAGUGAUACUCGGAUUUGGUGAUUGUCGAGGCAAAGUCUUGCCCGCCAUCGAUCCAUGA